AUGACAUCUAAAAUAAGAAGUAAAGAAGAAAAGGGAAAAAACAUCAGCAGCUUGGGUCAAAAUAAUGAAGACUUUGAAGAUGUAGAUUAUAGUUUACUUAGGAAGCCUAUAAAUACUAGUAUUACUGGGUUUGCUCAAGCAAGGAAGAUUUUUGAUCUAGCUACAGAGGAGCUAAAAGAACUUUUAUCUCGUGAAUGUGACUUACUUUAUGAGUGCCGAGUUUGUAGAAACCUAUUUCGAAGUUUGGCGAAUUUUAUUUCACACAAACGAGUGUAUUGUAAAGAAAAAUUUAAUUGUAAAGUUCACAGUCACUUUAUUAAGACAAACGAUGAAAUGCAGAAGAUAAAGAGAUUAGAAGAAAGCUAUCAUAAUUUUUUCCAGGAAAAUGUAGAUAUAGAUAGUAACAAAGACGAUGAAAUUGAAGACCGCAUACCAUUGACAAAAGAUUUAACAUCCAUUGUAGAAAAAAUGGUUAUUUCCAAAGGAGUAGCUGAAGAGCAAAUAGAUAACCAAGAUAUAGUCUUACAAAAAAUACCCAAAUCAGCAGUUGCAGUUUACCAAACCAUUCAAUCUGAGAAUAACAAAAGCAAUAUGCUUUGUGAGGUAACUGAGCUAGACAAUAUUCUUUCAAGAGAAAAUGCAGUUAUGCAAAAUGAUGGCAAGUUCAAAGUACAAGGCACUAAUGAAGAAAGUGAAAAUGUCAUUCAAAUAAGUGAUGAUGAUGAUAAUGAUUCUAUAGAGGACUUAAAAUGUAAACUUUGUGACCAACAUUUCUCAUCUCAGAAGACACUAAAAUCUCAUAUAAAAAUAAAGCAUUUAGAGAGCCGCCUGGUAUAUCCCUGUCCAGAUUGUCUUGAAAUCUUUUCUACCUGUUGGAGUGUGUAUAGACAUCUCUUUAAAGUGCACCGUAAAACUGCUGCGCAGAUCCGAAGAUUACGGGAGACGAUUCAAUCUAAAGGCUUUAGAAUGAACAAUCCACCUGCGUUUUACGAGAAACGUAAAGCCAGCACUAAAGUAGCUACGUCAACAAAGAUUACAGAUGAAGAGAGAAUAGAUCAAGAGAAUCAGGCUUGGUUGGAGAAUAUCGAGGGUGACGGCGAGAUACCACGUUGCGGUGGUUGCGGUCGCACUUUCGAGCGCAGAGCUGCCCUUACCGCACACACUAAUACCUGUCAGUCACGGUCAAGAGCCCUCACGCGGAGACCACCAGAAACAAAAAAAAUCGAAAUUCAAAUUCGGAAGGACUACAAUAAAGGACCUAGUUCGUCGAAUACACCCUCAAAAUCCCAAGAUAAAAGUGCAGAAGAAGUUUCCUUGGAAACCCCCACAAAGUCUCAACAGCAAAAAGAUGAUAUCGAGUCACGAAACGAUGUUACACUAACCGAAGCUGUUAUGAGUAUUGUUGGAAUCACAGGCGGAGACGAAAACAAUGAAAUACAGGAGUCCAAUGCACAGCCCAAAUAUGACAUAGAAAGCCUCAAACCUAUGCAUAAACUUCCAUUCUCACAUCAAGAAGAAAAAAGCAACUUCAAUGCUCUCAAGCAAAGAAUGCUUCAAGAAAUAGAAUUAGAACAACUCUUAUGCAAAAAAUGUGACAAGUGUUUCCAAGAGUUAAUAGAGCUCUUCGAUCAUGUAGCUGGGCAUUACAACUGGAUGAGAUAUGCCUGUAAACUUUGUCCUUUUAAGCAUUACGAAUAUGAAAAAGUUGUCGAGCAUAUAAGGGUUGUUCAUAAAUUGAAGGGUGAUUCAGAUUUUAGUGCACUAAAAGCGAUCGAUGGCGUCAAAGCCGCAGAAUAUUCUGACCUUAAAGAUGAUGUAAAUGAAACUAGUCCCGAUUCAAGAAGGCCAAGCCGCUGCUCCAGCGAAUCCAGCAGAUUUUCUGAUGACAGCUCAUCAAGUAGUACAAGGAUAGAAGUUGGAAGUCGAAAACGAAAAAUGAAUCCUGGUCGGAAUGUUUCCAAGAAAAAAAGAGUUGUCUUAAACGAUGAAGGCGAUGGUGAUAGUAAAGAUAGUGGUAGUUCUCCCCUUAAAAUGUCUACUGAAAAUGACUUGUCUUCAAAGUCUAGAGUAUUUGAUGAAAAUUCUUCUGAUAUGGAUGAUUCCGAAGUUAGGUCUACAAAACUUAAAUAUACAUUAUCUACGUCUCGGAGACCUGUGCGUAAGAGAACUAAACCGAAAAAUGAAGAUUAUGAAUAUGAUUUAUCAAAUUUACUUAAACUGGAAGCGCAAGGGUACAGAGACUCGUUUUCGAGUUCAGCAAAGCCUGCAGUAACUAAAAGGAAAAACCAACAAGAUUUACAUUAUAACUAUGCCAUUAUCAAUAAAGAAUGUUGUGGGGCUUUAGCUUUAAUGGCUAGACAAAGCGUUGAAGAAAAUAAGGCUCUUGUGAAAACUACCAAUGUUGAAAAAAUAUUAAAUACCACUAAAGAAAAACGGAUAUCAAAUAUAUUUGUAAGGCCAAUGCUACCGAAAAUAACUCGUAUUGAAAAAGUUUUAUCAGUAGACUCGGGACCGACCCUAUCAAAAGAAAAUCAGUCAGCAUCACUACUAAAACAAAAUAAAAUAAUAAAUAAGCAGCCUUUGGAUUUCAAAGAUGUACCUGAAGAUACUGCGACAGAAGUUACUCAAACAAAUGAUUUGAUUAUUAAGACAAAAUCUCAAAGUGAAGGAAAAAAAUCUGAUGAAAGGAAUGAAAACCAUAAUGAAACAGGUGAAAUAAAUAAAAUUCCUACCAAACCAGCAAUAGAUGAUAAAACUUCCUCUCAAAACAAGGGAAAGUCACAAAACUUAAAUGUAGUUCCCAUAAAACUCCAUAAACCGGGUAUACUACAGAACCCAUUAAUUAAGAAAAAUAUGACAGAAUUUUCAAAAGCUGGAAUGAAAACUAAAAUUCUUGUUAUUAAAUAUAAAGGGAAAGAUGGUGUUACAAACGUUAAGGCGCCAAAAAAUAUCCCGACGAUAAAGAUUAAAGAUCCUAAAUUGAAUAAAUGUAAUGAGAGGAUAAAAUCCGACCAAGUUUUUGUCAUUCCAGUACCAAAAGGUGAAGGUACAGCUAUACCACGACCGUCCAUCGCCAAUAAUAAUAACAAAACAGAAAUACCUUCAUCGGCAACACAAUUUAAAUCAGCAAUUUCUAAUGAGGAAUUGAAUAACCAUUGUAACGUUGCAAGUAAGAAUAACGCAACUGAAAAAAAUGAGAACCAAGAUAAACCUGAAGUACACAUUGAAAAUACGAAUGCGGAGACUCCUGUAAACAAUAAACCAUUGUCUACGCCAGAUGCUGAGUUAGCAAUAACGAACUGA